AUGGAGGAGGGAGUGCGACAUUCAGGCAAUGGGAAGGAGCCUCAUCCACAGAGCAGGGAAGAGCAUCCUGGAGGACUCAUCCUUAAGCUUUACCGCCCAACCAUAGAGUUCUGUUGCUAGCUAGCCCCACCUCCACGACCUUCACUUCCGGUCUCACGCUCUGAAAGCGCGCGUGCGCACUAUCUUCUUUCCUCUCCGAGCUCCAGCCCCGCGACUGGUAACAUGGCUAAACGCACCAAGAAGGUUGGAAUUGUUGGUAAAUAUGGAACACGUUAUGGUGCAUCCCUCAGAAAAAUGGUGAAGAAAAUUGAAAUUAGCCAGCAUGCCAAGUAUACCUGCUCCUUCUGUGGCAAGACCAAAAUGAAGAGACGGGCCGUGGGUAUCUGGCAUUGUGGAUCCUGUAUGAAAACUGUAGCUGGUGGUGCAUGGACCUACAAUACCACCUCUGCAGUCACAGUCAAAUCUGCCAUCAGAAGACUGAAGGAAUUGAAAGACCAGUAAAAUCUUCUUAUCAAAUACCUGUAGCCCAUAGUCCAACAAUAAAUGGGUUAAUUUAUGGAAUAAAAAUCACUUUGGUUCUUAAUAGUCA